AUGGUGCUGGUGGCAGCAGCUGCUGCGGGCCGGUGGCAUGGGGUUCUUCGAAUCGUCGUGCUCGUGCUGAUGAUCGGCUGUCUUAGCAGCAGUGGGUUUUUGGCGUACGACAACGGGCGCGACCAGCAGGAGGCGAAUGGCCGUCACUUCUCCCAACAAUCCAGCGCUCCCCCCGCGCCACAUGAUGCCGGAGCCGAGGCCCAUGAAGGUCUUCGCCUUGCUCCACACGAGGGCACAGAGGUGCCCAGCGAACACGUAGCUUUGCAUGAGUCUGAGACGGACCUUUACGGGGUGGUGGACGAGGACGAUUCCCACGGAUAUGAUCCCUAUAACGAACUCGACUCGGAAGCCUCGCCUGUCGAGCUCACGGACUGCCAGCUGACAGCCUUCUCCAUUCAUCCCUCAAAGCUGGACUUGCGCGAACUCAACCUUGUGAAGUUUACAAUUGGCUACCAAUGCCCGCAAGGUUUGUUGGACCCCUACCAGCACGCAGGUCUCUACCCCCCGCAAUUGGCCGUGAUACGACCAGAUGGCCAAGUCAUGAAUGUCGUGUUCACCUUGAGCAAUGAUCUCCUUUCUGGCGACGACCACGUGGGCGUUGUACAAAACACACUGGAGCUUCCAAGUUGGAACAUGCCCGAAGGUGCAUAUCAAGUGGCUUAUGUCAUGAUGGUGGAUCAAUUGGGUCGGCAGGGCUACAUAGAGGCGGCGGCGCUACAAGCGAGCGGGCUUUCGUACACCUUCCACGUAACAGGAAGCAAGCACGAUCCACACGCACCCCGCUUGCACUGGCCGCGCUACGAUCCAGCCACAGACGUGGUCAUUGAACUUCAACUCGAAGAGCAUGGCUCAGGCCUGGCAGAAAAUCAUUUGCUCGCUCUCAAUCCCAGCUCUCAGAUCAAACUGCGCAGUGUCACAGCGCCUGCGCUACAGGAAGUCAUUGUUGAUUUUGAUGCGCGCAAUGGCACCACGGGGUCGGGACCUGAAGGACUUUGGACGCUUCGCUUGCAUGUGCAAAUGCCACUCCACACGUGGGCUGGCAUGUGGGAGAUUGAAUAUGUUCGUUUGGCCGAUACUGCCGGCAACGCUGCCUUGUACGAUAAAGCCUUGAUCUGCGACAAAUCUACCGUUGCUGUGUGUGUGUGUGUGUGUGUGUGUGUGUGUGUGUGUGUGUGUGCCAACAUGCAAAAACAUGGGAUGCGGCUGGAAGCCUUUAUUGGUAACCAUAAUCUCACCUACCACGGCGAUGAUCUGGCAGCAUACACGGAGCUGACGUAUUUCAAUGACCCAGACAUGGAAGCUGAGCGAGAGUAUCUCAAAUACAUGCUGGCCUUGGAACGUGCCAAGGCUGCCGAGGCGGAGGCAGCAGAGCGCGAGGCCAUGCAGCAACCCACGGCAAGUAGCUUUGCAGGAGCCGAAGGCGACAACUACAAUAGUCCAAAGCAGACGGCAGACGAGGCAGAGGCUGAGGCCGAAGAAUGA